AGUUCCCCUGCUCCCUGCGUGCCUGCAGCACCGUAUUCAUACAAACUCCAGAUCCGUAUUUGCGGCGCAGCCAGAGACCAACUUCGCCGACCUUCCCCAGACCGAUUGCCUCCUUCCCGUCCCUUCUCUCGCUGCUUUGCCCGAUUUGCCGCUGCCUGCGUCGCCUUCGGUGCCCCUUUGCGACAAUCACCCCCGACGCACCUCACAAUCCGACCCGAACACGCACCCGCCACCCGCCACGCCCAGGUAGCUUGUACUGUGUAUGGUCAGCAGCGAGGCCACCCGAUCUUUGCUUACCAUCUACACCCCUUAGACCACUGCCCGCUACGCGCAGAAUGCCCGAUUCGAGAUCCGGCUGGCACACUCCGCGACUGUGUUAGCGCAUCGCGCGCUGACAUUUGCCGACGAAACCAAUCAACGACGGCGGCCCGGGCUCCGUUCGAUCCAUCAACAUGGCCGGGAACGAGAACACGCCGCAACCGCCCCGCCGAACAACCUCUGGUUUCUCGCCGGAUCCCCCACAAUCAAUCCCCCUCCGAGAACUUCAACGGCCCGGGGAAGCUGACACGGACCAUGGGGCGGGUUUUCCGGGCGGCGUCGGGAGCGGCGGGACGGCUCAGGGGGGUUGGCAGCAGCACUCGGGAGCAGGAACACGCCAUGGAGCCGGGGAUGCACCGUCACCUAUUGCCAUGUCGGCAAACCUGCCCGGGUUCUCGUCAUACUGGGAAAAUCCGUAUCCGCAUGCCGAUGACGGGGCCGGCGCUAGCGGCGGCGCGUCGCCCAUCGACCGCAUGGCCCUACAGUUUGCGCUUCCUCCCGAUAUAUAUCCACAACAGCCCAGGUCCCAGCUCGAGCAGUAUAUAACCUCCGACGACGACCCGUACCGAACCCCCCACGCGUACUUCGAGGAGCGCGCCGAUACGGAUUCCCUCGAGUCGGAUACAGUGCCUUUGAAACCUGCAGCACAGCCUAUCGGCCGCCUGGAUGCCCGAGACGGCGAGCCGUCGCCCCGGACCAGUUUCCAAACCGUAUCUGAUUUGGGAAAUACACCCUCCCGCGCCCGGAGCGCCCAGAUGCUCGGUUUCGACCUGGAACCGGGGUUGGCAUCCAACCGCCACCGUAGCUAUGGGGAUCAUCUUGCGCCCACAGACCGGCGCCGGUCUCGCUCCCCAUCAACCGCCGGAGCUCUGUCUAGAGCGAGUUCCAUCAUGAGAGCCAUGUCUCAGCGCGUCGUUAUGAUUAGCGGAGAGGGUGACCUAGUCGAUCAGGCAAACCGGCGGGAUCGGUCGCGCUCGCCGAGUCCCGAUGGGCGUCAUCCAUCCCGUGUGUCCGGACCCAUGCUUGUUGAUACCUCGUACCCCUCGCAGAUGUUCCCCACGCCAGCCGAGAAAAGACCCGAGUCUGAUUAUUUUCAGCCUGAGCCGCCACUCCCCAUGCCUCGGCGGCACGGCCCGCUCCCGAACCCUCUGAAAGGGAACUCGUUGGGCAUAUUUCCUCCCGAAAACCCAAUACGGAAACGGCUCUGUGAUGUCCUGGUCAGCCCAUGGACGGAGCCGUUCAUCUUGGUCUUGAUUGUUGCCCAGGCAAUCCUGUUAGCCGUCGAGGCCGCUCCGGACGUCUUCGUCGCGGGAAAUGGCAGACCCGAACGCUGGGGCAGUACCCGAAUUGACUGGGCCAUCCUAGGUCUAUUCAUCAUCUUCACUCUCGAGAUCAUAGUCAGGGUCAUCGUGUCUGGUCUUAUCAUCAACGCGGACGAGUAUGCGCCGGUCGGAAGCAAGCGGAGAUUGAGAGAAAGAGUGACCGAGCAGUACCACGCCAUCUUCAAACCACAGCGCCAAAAGUCAGUUAGGCAGCCACCGCAGGAGCAGCAGUUUGUGCCCGCGUUCCAAAGGUCCUUUACAAUGAUGCACGGGAUGCCAGGCGAGGUUUCGCUCAAAGAGCAGCAGCGGCUUCACCUCGCGCGCAGGGCAUUCCUGCGCCAUGGCUUCAACAGGCUAGACUUCGUAGCCGUUGUCGCCUUUUGGAUAUCGUUCGUCCUCGGUGUUACCGGCUUGGAGAGCCAGCAUAAUGUCUACGUUUUUCGUAUGCUUAGCUCCUUGCGCAUCAUCAGGCUGCUCGCUCUCACAAAGGGCAAUCUCAUCAUUCUCAGGAGUCUUAAGAAGUCUGCUCCGCUUCUCGUUCGGGUUUCGUUUCUAAUGGGCUUCUUCUGGCUUCUCUUCGCUAUCAUCGGCGUCCAGAGCUUCAAAUCCAGCCUCAGCCGCCAAUGCACCUGGAUCAACCCCGAGGAUCCCACCAACUUCGCAGCCGCUUUCACGCCAGACCUGUCCUUUUGCGGCGGCCACGUGAACGCGACGACGAACAAUACCGAACCCUGGGUUUCCUCGCCAACGAAGAACUUGUCUCCCGAGGCCCUCAUCCCCGGUGCAAAGAAUGCAAAAGGUUUCAUCUGCCCAAGGGGGUCCAUUUGCCUCCAACAGGACAAUCCGUUCAACGGCACGGUCAACUUCGAUGAUAUUGGUCAUUCGCUCGAGCUGGUCUUUGUUAUCAUGAGCGCCAAUACUUUCUCCGAUCUCAUGUACUACACGGUGAGCUCGGAUUUUCUACCGGCCGCCCUCUUCUUCGGGGCCGGUAUCAUUAUCAUGAUGCUCUGGAUGACCAACUUGUUGAUUGCCGUCAUUACCUCAUCCUUCCAAGUCAUCAGAGAAGAAUCCAAGGCCAGCGCUUUCACGGCCGACGACGAGCCGUCCCUCUUUCAGACGAAUAUGGAGAAGAUUCCGCGAAGAAAGUCGGCGUUACAACGAAUAGCCAAGAAAACCUCGUGGGUUUGGGUGGUGGUCAUUGCGUAUGGCCUCUUCUGCCAGGCAUUACGGAGCGCGACCAUGUCAGAAAGCAGAGAAAAUUUCAUCAACGCGUCCGAAAUUGUUGUCACCAGCCUUCUCGAUGUCGAAAUUCUCCUACGGUUCCUCUUCAGCCUCCGGAGGUUCCAUCACAAGCCGCGUAAUCUAGUCGACCUCGGGCUCGCCGUGAUCACUACCAUCAUCCUUAUUCCGCCCAUCCGGAACUCGGGUCAGGUGUACAAUUGGCUAACCAUCUUCCAAAUCAUCCGAGUCUACCGCGUUGUCCUCGCCAUCCCCAUGACAAGCAAACUCAUCGAGCUGGUGCUGGGGAACGUCACGGGUAUCGGGAAUCUGAUGGUGUUCGUCUUUCUCAUCACGUUUCUGAUGGCGAUCUUCGCUUCGCAACUGUUCCGGGGCCAGCUGCCGGCAACAGACGACGACGGGGAGUUCUUGAGGAUUCCGUUCAACACCAUCUAUAACUCGUUCCUCGGCAUGUACCAAGUUCUCUCCAGCGAGAACUGGACCGACAUCCUGUACAGCGUUACGUCGUACACGACCCAUCUGAACACAGCCUGGAUAGGCGCCGUGUUCCUCAUCGGCUGGUUCAUUCUCUCCUACUUCAUUCUCAUCAACAUGUUCAUUGCUGUCAUUCAAGAGAACUUUGACGUGGGCGAGGACAUGAAGCGCCUAGAGCAGGUUAAGGCGUUUCUGCAACGCAGAGAGCUGGGCAGCUCAUCCAAUCUAGCGCUGUCCAAGGUUUUCGGUUUUGGCAGAUCGCGGAAUCGAGCCGAUCCGCUCGACCAGACCACCGGUGCGGGAGUGGUGGACAUGCUGUUCAAGGAGGGAUUUGUGCGCGAAUUUCUCGACGACGCCCUGGACGAGCUGCAAGAGGCCCAGGGGGACAACCAGUCGCAGCAUCCCGGUGCGAAAGGCAGAGCCAACAACGGGUUCCUCGCUACUGUGCAGGAAAAGGUGGCCUCGAUGUUCCGCGCGGGGGAACCCAACCCAUUCUAUUCCAACGUUCGAUUUGGCGGAGCCAUCUCCACUCUCGAUCCCGCACAGUUGGCCCGUCAAGCGGUGAACUCUACCGCCGCCCGGCGCAAGGCGCAGAGGGAGUACCUGAUGCGGCAUCCUACCUACAAUACCUCUCUCUUCGUCUUCAAGCCGCGGAAUCGCCUUCGCCGUCUCUGCCAGAAGCUCGUGGGGCCCGGUCAUGGAACCGAACGGUUUGACGGUGUUCAGCCCAACAAGUAUGCCUGGUACACGUUCUCGGCCGUCGUCUACGCGGCCAUCGUAGCCAUGGUGAUCCUGGCCUGCGUCACCACGCCGCUCUAUCAAAAGGAGUACUCCGAACGGCACCCGUUCAGCCCACUGAACUGGUUUGUUUGGACUGACACGGCCUUUGCUAUUGUGUUUACUGUCGAGGCUCUCAUCAAAAUCAUCGCUGACGGCUUCUUCUGGACCCCCAACGCCUACUUCCGAAGCACAUGGGGCAUCAUCGACGCCAUCGUACUGGUCACUCUUUGGAUCAACGUCGUCACCCUGUUCACCAAUGCCGGAGCCAUCUCUCGAGCCGUCGGCGCCUUCAAGGCUCUCAGGGCACUGCGCCUGCUUAAUGUCAGCGACAGCGCCCGAGACACGUUCCACUCCCUCAUUAUCGUCGGCGGUUGGAAGAUCCUCAGUGCCGCCUUCGUCUCGAUCUCGCUCCUGAUCCCUUUUGCCAUAUAUGGGCUGAACCUUUUCAACGGAAAGUUGAUGGCAUGCAACGACGGCGAGGGGAUCGUGAACCUGGACGACUGUGUCGGCGAGUUCAACAGCACACCCUUCAACACCGACUGGCCGAUGCUCGCUCCGAGGGUUGCCCAAAAUCCCUUCUUCAACUUUGACGAUUUCGGAUCCAGCCUCUUCAUCCUCUUCCAGAUCGUGAGCCAAGAAGGAUGGACGGAUGUAUCAUUUGCUGUGCAGGCCAUCACCGGCGAAGGGCUCCAGCCAGAUGCUGAGCCGCCUUACGGAGCCCAGGGCAACGCUUUGUUUUUCGUGGUGUUCAACCUCUUGGCCACCGUCUUCGUUCUCACUCUCUUCAUUUCGGUUUUCAUGCGAGGCUAUACGGAACAGACGGGAGUGGCAUUCUUGACCGCCGAGCAGCGGUCCUGGCUGGAACUGCGCAAGAUGCUCCGCCAAAUCUCACCGUCCAAGAGCGCUUACGAUGACAAGAAGAACAAGUGGAAGAGGUGGUGCCAUAAACGCGCCAUCGAGAAGCGCGGCAGGUGGUACAUGGCCAUCACCACCGUCCUUGUCUUGCAUUUGAUCCUGCUCCUCACCGAAUAUGACGCCGAACCCGCUCUCUUGACGCACAUCAAGGACAUCUGUUUCCUCAUUUUCACUCUGAUCUACAUUGCCAAUCUCAUCAUACGCGUCUUCGGCCUCGGCUGGACACGGUUUCGAAAGAGCUCUUGGGAUCUGUUUUCCCUUCUGGCCGUCACGGGCGCCUUGGCCACCUCGAUCCUCUUCCUUACGGACAGGGGGGAGGUCACAUACAUCCAGCUGCACAAGUUCUUCUUGGUGGCGCUGGUACUCAUGCUCAUUCCGCGGAAUGACGCGCUCGAUCAACUGUUCAAAACGGCGGCGGCCAGUUUGACGACGAUAGGCAGCCUGCUGGCGACGUGGAUCGUGUUCUUCCUGGUGUUUGCCAUCGCGUUGACGCAGACAUUCAGCCUUACGCGGUUCGGCAACGAAGAGAAUGCCAACAUCAACUUCCGCACCGUGCCUCACGCCCUCAUCCUCCUCUUUAGGUUCAGUUGCGGAGAGGGUUGGAACGAGGUGAUGGAGGACUUUGCGCAGGUCAAGCCUCCGUUUUGCGUCGAGGGCGACACGUUCUUCGAGAGCGACUGCGGCAGCACCGCGUGGGCUCGGGCGCUCUUCAUAGCUUGGAACAUUAUCAGCAUGUACAUCUUCGUCAGCUUGUUCGUGUCGCUCAUCUACGAGAGCUUCUCGUAUGUGUACCAGCGGACAAGCGGCCUGGCGGCAGUCGAUAGAGACGAAAUUCGGCGUUUCAAGGAAGCCUGGCGCAGCGUUGACGCGUCCGGCACGGGGUUCAUCACCAAAGACGCGUUUCCGCGGCUCCUCGGUGAGCUGUCCGGAGUGUUUGAGAUGCGCAUCUACGAUAACGACGAUUCGGUGCGGGCUAUCCUCGAGGACGUGCGGAACGAGAACGACGCGGCCAGUAUCAGACAUGCGUCGAUCGUCAGCAAGAGCCAAUAUCAGACGGGUGUAGACCUGAAGAAGCUAAACGAACGCCUAGCCAUGAUUGACGUUGCCAAGGUCCGCGAACGUCGGCGCCGGUUCAACAUUUUCUUCGAGGAGGUUAUGGUGUCAGCGGACCCUGAGAGAGGCAUCUCGUUCACGACGGUGCUGAUGCUCCUGGCGCAUUACAACAUCAUCAACGACAGCAAGAGUCUACGACUUGAAGAAUUCUUGCGUCGCAAACUGCGCCUCCAGCGCGUCGAAGAAGAAGUCCGUAGAAGGAUCGUCCUCGGCUUCUUCGACAUGCUCUACUACUCACGCCAGUUCAAGCGGCACAUGGAAAAGAAGCGCGCCGGGCGCAUGACAGCAAUUCCGCAGCUCGACAUCCCAGAAAUUCUGGUGGACAACGAAGAGCGCAAGGGCGAGGAGGGUGGCCAGGGCGGCCGCGGAGGCCAAGCGCAGCAGCAGCAGCACCCUGCGGCGGCGAGCCGCAGCCGGGCCAAGUCCAGCGCGGCGGUCACCACGCCCGUCUCGGACGCCGGCGGCGGCCUGCUCUCGCCGUCGACGAGCCGCGCCAAGUCGCAACACCGCAGCUGGGCCGGCCUCGGCGCCGACCUGUCGUCCUACGACACCUCGUACGGGCACCCGCUCGCCGGGCCGCGGGGGUCCCGGCCGGCGGCAGCGGGGACGGGGACGGGGACGGGGACGGGGACGGGGACGGGGGCGGGGACGGGGGUGGGGACGGGGGCGGGGACGGGGGUGGGGACGGGGGCGGGGGGGCCUUCCCGUCAGUCGCAGGGGAGCACCUUCAGCUUCGAACUGACGGAGCCGGGGCUGGUGGCGGGCGACGAUGCCGACGAGGCGACCAGCCUGGGGAGACGCGGGAGCUCGGUCGAUCCCUCGGUCGUCAGGGAUAUGUUGGACAAUUCGGUGUGGGUGGAGAGUCUGAGGAGGAGCGCGACGAGGAAGAGCGGGUGGGGGGGCCCGUCGGGAGGUUUCAAGUGAGGGUUCUACUGUGGCAGUGGUAGUGGUGGCGGGGUGGUGGGGGUCGUGGUGGUAUCAUGCAAGAACUGGCGUUUGGUAGCACCCUUACCGGGUGUUUCUGGCUUUAUGAGCGAUGAUAAUGGGGGAUGCAUCAUUUUUUCUUUCUUGGACGGGUCAACUAGCGGGUAGCGGGCCCGGUCGUUGCAAAGAAAGCACUGGCGCUUAUUGGGGAGGGAUUCUAGAUUUCAGUGUUCCAAGCAAGCGUGUAUUGGGGGGAAGGC